UUUGGCAACGCUGCCAAAGAUGACAAACUUUUUUACGACUACUGUUGGGGAUACAGACAUGAUGAACAACAGUCCAAAGCGAUGAACAUGCCGCUACAGCAGCAGCUAGCUGUGAAGUGGCGCUAGGUGAGAAUAACGUUAACCAAGACAAUGAAGAGGACAGCAUAUCUUUAAACAGCACCCUCUUUGGGAUUUCUGCCUGCAUGCAGUUUCGGGUGUGCAUCUGCCAGGCUAGAACAGUGAUAGAGAUCAUGGAGAAGAAACGCAAAGGAGGUGCAGAGAAGCUGCGUGAGAAAAAGAAGCGCUGCCAAAUGUGCCAAAUGGACAGACAUGUUUUGGGCAGUAGCAGGACCUUCAUCAGCUCCCGUGGCCGAUGAUAGCGGUGCUGGUGUCGGCUACAGUGACAUGCACAGUGAGGAGGAGACUCAGGAUGAGAGGGACAGAGAUGAGGGAGUGAGGCUACAACCUGCGGUAUUGGCUUUUAUCUGGAUUCACCUCAUCAGUGCACUCCAUGAAAGAACAGUGAUCCUUGCACUAUAUGCUCAAGCCGGCAAGAGUUUGGCUUCAACAACAAACAGACGUUUGGUACAGUGUGCUCUCACAGCAGCAUGAAGACUCAAUUGGAGGCGACAGUCAUCCUCGCAGAGCUCAGGGGUCAUCUUCAGGCCCUGCUAGGAUCAGCAGGGCGGUCCCGGGUGGAGGUCUAACCAUCAACACCCUGCCAGACAACAUGACACGUGUAGUGGAGGAUUCUGGGAAGUAUUACACAUGGCGUAGCUUUGGCCCAGAAGACCAGCGCACACGGGAAUUAUGGGUAGACAUGAGUGACGUCCGACAUGGCCAAGUUAGAGUCCAUGGCAUUCUGUCAAAUUCAUACAAACAGGCUGUGAGGGUUGCCCUGUCGUUUGACUUUCCUUUUUACGGACAUUACUUGAGGCAGAUUACCAUAGCAACUGGAGGGUUCAUCUUCACAGGGGACAUUACUCACCGUAUGCUGACCACAACACAGUACAUCGCCCCUCUAAUGGCUAAUUUUGACCCCAGCUACUCCAAAGAAUCUACUGUACAAUACCUGGAUAAUGGUGAGGCGUUUGUGGUCCAGUGGGAGCGGGUCAGACUCCCAGGAAAAGAAUCAGGAGGAGCCUUUACGUUUCAGGCUGCACUUUACAAAACAGGAACCAUCACGUUCAGCUACCGAGAUAUACCUCUGUCAUUAGAUGUGAUGGGUUCAGCUGAGCAUCCAGUAAAGGUCGGUGUGUCUGAUGCCUUCAUGGUCACGCCACCUUCUCCUCAAUCACAAGAUGCCCAACGGCGGACGAUUUAUGAGUACCAUCGGGUUGAGAUAGACACUACAAAGGUCACCAGCUACUCUGCUGUUGAGUUCACUCCACUGCCUACCUGCCUGCAGCAUGACAGCUGUGAGCUCUGCCUGUCAUCCAACCAAACCUCUGGUUGUAGCUGGUGCAAUGUACUCCAGAGGUGUUCAGAUGGCAUGGAUAGACACAGACAAGAAUGGUUGGACUACACCUGUUCAGAAGAGAGCAAAAAUGCAACCUGUGAGGAUUACUCCAGGGUCGACAGCCCCACUGGUUCUUCUAUCAUACCAGAGAUUGAGGAAGUGACCUCAUUGACUCCUCGACAACAAGGCUGUGGAAGUAACGAUAAGACCAAACAUCAUAUAUUUAAGACUGGCAAUGAUGUGAGGACAGAUUCUUCAACCAAGACUGAUGGGUUGGCUAACACUGGAGUGAUAGCCGGAAUAGCAGCUGCGCUGGUGUUACUUUUGGCUCUGAUACUGGUAGCUCUUUACAUCAACUACCAUCCUACUGCUGCAUCACCACUUUACCUCAUCCAGCGACGCAACAACUACUGGCCGUCCUUGAAGUUUCAGAAGCAACAACCUGGUUACACAGAAGUGGAAGGAGAAGGUCAUGAAAAAGACAGCAUUGUUGAAGCUGGGCCAUGUUGAAGUGAUGAAUGGAAAUGUGGAUAAAUAUUUGAAUUGAACUGAUUUCUACAAAUAUUCAAAUAUAUACAUUUGUCCGAAGCCAGUUCAACUUUUACAUUCAGUUCAUGACUCCAUUGUAAAAAGGUGAAAUUGUUGCAACAGUUUGUGUAGAUUAUAGCUGAAUGUUAUAUGAUAUUGAAAUAUUUCAUUAGAAAUGUAUAUCUCUGCUGUCUCCCUUUUAAAAAAAAAAACGGAGGGUCUAUAUAAUGUGACUGCAAAUGCAUGCCACAAGGUUGACAAAUCUUAAAUAAAAUACAUAAACUAUGAUGUUUUAAAUCAGACAAAUAAAUAUCUGGGUGUGCUUCA